UCAGCGCCGGUAGCCGGCGCUGGGAUGGCGCUGGCGGGUCGCGGGGCUCGGGGGUGGGGGCAGGGGCUGGCCUCUGCGACCCCGGAGCCUCGGCUGGAGCCCGGGACAGCGACUGCUGCGGGCUCCCGUGCAGUCUGCGGCCGCCGCUUCCUGCUCUGUCUCUACCUGGUAGGCUUCUUGGAUUUGUUUGGUGUCAGCAUGGUUGUCCCUUUGUUGAACCUUCAUGUUAAGUCCCUUGGAGCAAGUCCCAUAGUUGCUGGAGUAGUCGGUUCUUCCUAUGGCAUUUUGCAGCUUUUUUCCAGCACAUUUGUGGGCUGCUGGAGUGAUGUGGUUGGAAGACGGUCCUCCUUGCUGGUGUGCAUUCUGUUCAGUGCCCUGGGCUAUCUCCUUCUUGGAGUGUCUACCAAUGUGUUUCUGUUUAUACUGGCUAGGAUCCCUGUGGGUAUUUUUAAACACACCCUCUCCAUCUCCAGGGCUCUGCUUUCUGACUUGGUCGCAGAGAAGGAACGGCCACAGGUGCUGGGACAGUUCAAUACUGCCUCUGGUGUAGGUUUCAUCCUGGGCCCCAUGGUUGGUGGAUAUCUCACAGAACUGGAUGGUGGAUUCUAUCUGACAGCCCUCAUCUGCUGCUCUGUCUUCCUUCUCAAUGCUGGUCUUGUUUGGCUAUUACCUUGGAGAGAAACAAAACUCAAGGACAAGGACGGCACAGAGAAUGGCAGGAGCAUGAGUCAGAAGCAUGCUUCAGUAUUGGGAAAGUCAGACUGUGCACCACACGAAGCAACCACCCCCCCUGCUGUGGGGAAGCCAGAGAGAGCUCCUCAGAAGCCUUGGGUGGAAGUCGUGUCGGCCUUGGGGGACAUGAAGAGCCUGAUAUUUUCAGCAAUGUGGGACAUAUUUCUCGUGCGCUUGCUGAUGGCGGUGGCCGUGAUGCUGUACUACAGUAACUUCGUCUUGGCUCUGGAGGAGCGCUUUGGGGUGCGGCCCAAGACAACAGGAUACCUCAUUAGCUACAGCAGCGCCCUGGGUGCCCUGGCUGGCUUCGCAGUGGGGCCCAUCCUCCGGCUGUACAAGCACAGCUCUCACAUGGUCCUGCUGCACUCCAGCGUGCUCACCUGCAUGCUGCUCCUGCUCUACUCCACGGCAGGCACCAUGACCAUGGUGGUCUUCUCCUCCACGCUUCUGUCCUUCUCCACCAACAUCGGCAGAACCUGUAUCACGGACCUCCAGCUGAGCGUGGGCGGGGCCCAGGCCAGCGGGACUGUCAUUGGUAUGGGGCAGUCUGUGACUGCAAUGGGCCGCAUCAUCGCCCCUCUCCUCUCUGGAGUGGCCCAGGAGGUCAGCCCUUGUGGUCCCCCAAGCCUGGGCACUGUGUUAGCCCUGGUGGCAAUUUUCAUCAUGUCGCUGAACAAACCACACUCUGCUGGGGAUGGGAGUGAGAAACGGAAAAGUGAGUAGCAUGGUCUGGAACCCUGUCGAGAAGCAGGUGGGCAAAUCAAAUCUGAACAAAGGCCACGGUCAGAAGAGCAUUUCAGAAAGGGUGCCCGUCUAAGUGAAAUUAUCUCCAACUGGUUGUGCCCAGUCCUCAGCUGCACAGCAGUGCCAGCAAGAUGAUCAGAAGUCAGCUGCACGUAGAAAAGUUAAGAUUGGAAGAGAGCUCUCUGCCAGAUGGCCCUGUCCAAAGCUUGCCUCAGCGUUUUCUCUUCCCACCAGGACCAAUAAAGUUAACAUUUCCCAAGGGGACAAAAGCUGCAGGCUACAAGACAUGGAAAUGGGGGUGGGAUAACCAAGCAUGGUAUGUAGAAGGGAAGAAACCACAAGAAAUACCCUGUUGAAAAAUAGGGUGUUGCAGCAAUCACAUGCUGAUCCUCUAUCUAGAACAGUUUACCAGGGAUUUUAAGCACCAGUAGCCAUUUCUCUUGGAUGUGUGAGGCUCACUGCCAGAUAUACUAGUUUUGGUUAAAGUAAAAACCAUAGACUUUUUAUAAUAUUAGCUAAUUCAGUAUGACUGUCAGAUUUCUGCAUGUAACUCUGAAGUACCAACCCCCCUUUCCCCACCACUCAGAAAUCACUCUCUACUAGAGUGAAGAGCCGGCUUUCAGGGCUGCCCUCUGUCCUCUUUGGGGCUGCAUUCUUCUGGACUUGGGUAGGAAGAUCUAUGACCUCAGAAGCUGACUUUUCCUGAGUUGCAUCAUUCUGGCACUAACAUGCUGAAGGUGAAGUUAAAGCACAGGAAUGCUUUCAAGAUGAACAUACAGAGAAAGGGUCCCAGCAUGCCCUAGCAGGGAGGGGCUUGCCCUAGUAGGAUUUAUGAAAAACUGUUUGCUUUAUUUCAUUUUGUUUUGGCGACUGGGAAGAGCCAAGUCAGCCAAUUGGAAUGUUUUGGUGCACCCUUUCCUAAACUUUAAACCUUCAUUCCAUCAGCACCCGAGGGACAAGUACAGGCCCACAGCAGGGAUGCACAUUCCCACAGGGAGGCAAGGGCCAGGCCUGCUGAUGGACCCUUGGGCUUAUAGUGCUUGCUUGUAAGCAUUCCUUGGGAAUCCCUCUACUCAGAAACUGCCAAAAUUCACAUUCCUUUUAAUCCUCUUCAUCAGUCUGCUAGAAUAUUAUGCCCAUUUUCAACCCAACAUACAUAUAAUUGCAAAUGAUACUUUAAUGCACUGAUUUGUCAUAAUGCUAAUGCUUAUUAUUUGUAAAUCAGAAAAGGUAUUUCAGUAGUUUUAGAAAUUGUAUAUGGGGUAAACAAGUAUUUAUGACUAAAGUACAAAGUACACUUUAGCGUGAAUGUCAUCUAUUUCCUCUCUGGCUGUGAGAAAAAUAAUUAACUUUUUAUUACUUUUACCCAAGGGAUAAGAGCUACUAAGGGACCAGAACAAGGUAAUGGCCUUGCCCAUAAGCAACACUAAAUGUCAUGGAGAGCAGGGUCACGGGGACAAUAAAUAAUGAAAAGUUUAUGCAAUGAAGUAAAAUUUCAAAAGUGUUUCUCCAAAGAUUUUUGUUCUCUACUCUCAAAGUAAUUGGAUUUUCUUACAAAUUCUUACAAAUAGCCAUGUUUGUAUUUUUAAGAUCAUAGCAUUUUAUCUUCAAAAUUGAUCCUAUUAAUUUAAUGAGGCUUUAAAAUGAAUAAGACACAUGGAAAUACUGAAAACCGAAACUGGUCAGCACCCAGAGACACGCUUGUUCUCCUGUGUGAGUGCUCUAGCCGUUUGCUCGGGUGAUGAUUGUUUUUGUUUUGUGUUUUGGUAAAUAUUUUCUCAGACUUCAUCUUACAUCUAAUGUCUUUUUAAAAGUGUAGUUCAGGGACCAUCGUGGCCUGGAAUUUUCUGAAAUAUACAGACACUUCAGCCCCAGUAUCUACCUGCUAGGAACCACUUUAACAAGCUGUCUAGCUGAUUUGUUUACACAGCAAACUCUGAGAACCACUGGUCUAAUGAAUAGUAUUUAUAUUGUUUAUGGAAUGUAAUCUCAGGGAAAUUAAAUCUGUUCC